AUGCAAUUUGGUCACAUUAUAACAACAGUUUUCUGUCUUCUUACAACAUUGGUUUAUUCAAAACCAAUUGCUUCUUCAUAUGGACGUUCUUUUCAAAUCAGAGAUGAGAUCGAUCACUUUGUUGAAAAUGAACUUGAUAAUUACGAAGUGGGAUUAUACUACGAUCUCAUGGACUUGCUCACUGACCAAGAUAUCUUAUCCAAAAGAGCUGACUCCAACAACCAAGGCGAGUACUAUGACUCCAUCACCAUGGUAAUCGAGAGUCUUAACUCAUCUGGAUUACUUUGGACUUUACUUGAUGCUCUAGCUGACCAUCCUGACAGAAUCGACUUUGUUGGUAACUUGACAGAACAAUUCUUAAAAGGAAGAAACAUUACAAUCAAUGUUGGUGACUUGUUAGCCGGUGACGGAAACUCGGUCAUGCAAGAAAACGUCAACUUGACUGCUAUUAUUGAUGCUGUACAACAAAGUGGUUUAGUCACAUCACUUUUGGAUGGUAUUUUGUUGGACAAGGACUUUAGACCUGCUUUGGUCAACUUGAUCAACAGGGUGGUUAUGUCACAAAAAGAUGUCUUGUACUAUAUCUUUGACGUUGUUUUAUCAUCAAAAAGAGACUCCUUGGCAGAAGACGAUAUCCUUGAAAUCCUCAAGAGAGCUGAUAAUUCGUACUCGGGAACUUUGGAAACAUUUUUGACCAACGCUGCUGCCACUGUAUUGGGCUCAACUCAAUUUGGACAAUUUGCAGGAAGCUUGUUGAAUGCAUUGAACGAUACUGGUUUUGCAGUUUAUGUAGUGCAGCGUUUCAUCUCGACGGAAUCGUACAUCAAUAUGACUGCUACCUUGAUUGACGAUGUGAUGAAUUCGGGUGCAAUCCACAUUGAUUUCUCCAGCUUAAACAUCACACUGUUGGUGAGUGAAGCCUUGGCAGACCCAACCAAGAUCACUCUGCUUAUUGGAGGACUCUUGAGCGGUGACUCUAGCACUUUGGUUUCAACAUUUGGCAAAUAUUCCUCCGCAGUGCAACAGAUUUUGGUUGAUUUGGAAGACAAGGGGUUGUUUGCCAAUUUGAACAGCUACAUCUUUGGCGAUCCAUCUGCAACUACUUCGAUUACAUUGGCUCCUGGUGCUAGCAGUGCUGCUAACACCAAUGUUGGCUCCAUCACACUGACUGCAACCGGAACAAUCACUCCAAAGCUGUCGUCAACAGCAACUUCUUCUACUACGUCUGCAGCUGCUAAAGGCACAUCCAAAGAUCAAGAAAAAAGUGCAAAAGCAGCUUCGGGUGCAGGUGCAGGUUUGGGAGCAGUCUCAAAGUCUACAUUGAAAAUGAUCUUGAGUACCCAAGCAUUAUUCGUCGCAGGUCUUUUCUUCAUUUAA